AUGAUGCUGCACAUCUUCCUCAUCUCCUGGCUGUUUCUUGAGGUUCAGCCUCUAACAUUGUUCGAGCAGUUGUGGUUGACGACAUCUCCAUCAACAGUGCAGAAUAACUCAAAUAUAAGAUAUGAAGCACAAGACACAUCAUCUGUUCAACCUCACUAUAUCACAGGGGCAAAAAAGAGGUUUUCUUUGGAUGAGAAGCCGGAGAUUACAGUAAAUUAUGACUCUCAAAAUGCUGAAUUUAGAGUUUACUGUGAAAUACCAGGAUCAGAUAAUGCUGAUUCAACAUCAGUGAAAGAGGAGACUACUAAACAAAACACAACAAGACUAGAUGAUUCCGUCUUUACCAACAGUACCUUCAUAAGCAUUUCAACAACUCAGAAUAUUACAGCCACAAAGUCUAGCACUUGGUCUGACAGCACAAUAAAUUCUACAUCGGAAACUGCUCAUUCUUCACAACCUCUCAACGUCACUUUGAACAUGACAGUGGUUGUUAAUGCUUCAUCUGAUGCACGCAGAACACCAGCAACAAAAUCGUGGAUAAUCAUGAUACUGACAGCCACCGGUGGAGGAAUUUUGCUGAGUGGAUUGUUGGGAAUCUGUCUCUUCUGCAUGAGACAGAAACCAAGGAAAAUGAGUAUGAAACCCUCAAUAGCAGUGCAGAAUUCAGGUAAGUCAUUAUUUGAUUGA